ACAAAAAUGUAAAAUUAACUGUUUUGUUGAAAGUAAGGUGGCAUCCCCUCUCUCCAAAAAUGAAAGGAAAAUAAAGAGAAAUAGGCCGUCCAUGUGGAUGAAAUUAGCAAACAGUGCACGCGGAGUCCCCGCCUCUUGACGGCUCUUGCCGCGGGCUAAAGUCCCAUGUUGAGGUCCAAACUUCAAAAGCGUCCUCAAACUGUACCCUUUCCCUAGGAAAAGGCAGCAGUAAAUAUUGACUGCAGGAUCAAUUGUCUCUGUUGAAGCCGCAGUCUGCUUCAGUCAGAGUGAGCAAGCCAGGUCACACUGGAUAAAGAGCUGCUUUCAGGACGACUGGUCACCCCCAAACACAUAGACACAAUCUGCUGGGAUCGGAACUGAAAUGAUCCUUCCCAGAACGGAGAAGAUGGUGAUGAAGGUGCUGAUUACGUUUGUCCUUGGAACGAACUACUGGUUCCACUACUGUGCAGGUUUUCCCGUGUAUGACUAUGACCCGUCUUCCUUGAGGGAAGCUGUCAGCGCCUCCGUGGCAAAAGUGAAUUCCCAGUCGCUGAGCCCCUAUCUGUUUCGGGCGUUCAGAAGCUCAGUUAGAAGAGUCAACAUCCUGGAUGAGGACAGCUUGACCAUGGACAUAGAGCUCCGCAUCCGGGAGACGACGUGCAGGAGGGGCUCUGGGGAAGACCCCGCCACCUGUGACUUCCAGAGGGGCUACUACGUGCCGGCAGUUGCUUGCAGAAGCACCGUGUGGGUGUCUGCUGAGCAGGUGCAGGACGUGCGGGUUCGCUGCCAGUGGUCCUCCAGCUCCUCCGAGUCUAACAGCAGUGAAGAGAUGGUUUUGGGAGAUAUCUUGGGAUCCUCUACAUCAAGAAACAGUUAUCUGCUUGGGAUCACGAGAAGGGGCUUUCCUCCUGGAAAUAGAAGGGGCCUGAACCUGUGGCCCAGAGCAAGAAUAAACACUGGCUUUGAGUGA